CGCGGCCGCUCAGCGCCGGCGGGCUCCGGCGGGGCUCCAUGGCGGAGCGCGGGGCCUGAGGCGGCGGCGUGGGCGGCAUGGAGGCGGAUUUCGCCGCCUUCGGGAGCCCGCUGUGCGGCGAGGUCAAGCGCUUCUGCCGGCGGGUGCGGGAGACGUACCGGGAGAUCCAGGAGGACCUCACGCCCUACAAGGAUGAUCGUUACUACCGGCUGGCCCCGAUGCGAUUGUAUACACUGUCCAAAAGGCAUUUUGUUCUGGUCUUUGUAGUAUUCUUUAUUUGUUUUGGUCUGACAGUCUUCAUAGGAAUAGCAGGUCCUAAUGUAAUUGAAACUUCUGUAGCAAGAACUGACUUAAAUAAUAGCCUAAAGCUGAAGCCAUUUAAUUUAAGUUCACCACCACUGUCAACUUACAACCAGCAGCUGUGGCUGACCUGUGUGGUUGAGUUGGAUCAGCACGAUGUAUCCCUCAAGAAGAAUGUGACCAUGACAGUCAAAGUCCUGGGAGUGGUGAAGGAUGGAAGCACACCAUACGUUAACAAUCAAGUUCACAAUCGGACGAGGUUACUCAGUUGUGCACAAAAAUGCAGUGAAAUCAUUGUUGUUCACCUGGGCUACCUGAACUACACUCAGUACAACAUAUUUGUUAGCUUUGAAGAUCUAAACAAGUUAACCUACACCAUCCAGAAUAUUACUUUCACAUGGAAGACCUAUAAUCCAACCUUUUCACAAGUGGAAAUAUGGUUCCGAUUUGUCUUUGUAGUUCUUACUUUUAUGGUCACGUGUCUGUUUGCACAUUCCCUGCGGAAAUUCUCCAUGAGAGACUGGGGUAUUGAGCAGAAAUGGAUGUCCAUCCUACUUCCUCUCUUGCUACUUUACAAUGAUCCAUUUUUCCCCCUUUCUUUUCUGGUGAACAGCUGGUUUCCUGGAAUGCUGGAUGAUCUAUUCCAGUCACUGUUUCUGUGUGCACUGUUGUUGUUCUGGCUUUGUGUCUACCAUGGUAUAAGAGUACAGGGGGAAAGGAAGUGCUUAACUUUCUAUCUGCCCAAAUUCUUUAUUGUUGGACUGUUGUGGCUGGCCUCUGUUACACUGGGAAUAUGGCAAACUGUGAAUGAAGUACACGACCCUACAUAUCAAUACAGGGUUGAUACAGGUAAUUUCCAGGGAAUGAAAAUCUUCUUCCUUGUGGUGGCAACCACAUAUAUUCUCUACCUUUUGUUCCUGAUAGUGAGGGCAUGCUCAGAACUUCGAAACAUGCCUUAUGUUGAUCUCAGGUUAAAAUUCUUGACUGCAUUAACCUUUGUAGUGCUUGUCAUUAGCAUUGUUAUACUCUACCUACGCUUUGGAGCACAAGUUCUGCAGGACAACUUUGUUGCUGAGCUCUCAACUCAUUAUCAGAAUUCAGCAGAAUUCUUAUCAUUUUAUGGGUUAUUGAACUUUUAUCUCUACACAUUAGCCUUCGUGUAUUCCCCCUCGAAGAAUGCACUGUAUGAAUCACAGUUGAAAGACAAUCCUGCUUUUUCUAUGCUGAAUGAUUCAGAUGACGAUGUGAUUUAUGGGAGUGACUAUGAAGAGAUGCCUCUUCAGAAUGGCCAAGCUAUUAGAGCAAAGUAUAAAGAAGAGUCAGACAGUGAUUGAUUGACUGGUUUCAGUGCAGACAGACUUGUGCAUCUGGAGUUCAGCAAGUUCUGAAGUUUUCCUAGAUGGACAACUUCUUUGGUUCCUACAGUCUGCUGUCAUCUGAACACCAGCUCCCAGGAAGGACAUCCUGCUUCUGUUUCUGUUUACAAGGAUAAAACUCAGAAAACAAAUGAUGGAAGUGGUUGUAGUGAAAACUGAAGAAACCAAAAUUUUUACAUGUCUUAUAAAAUGCCUAAUAACUGGAUGUCAGUGGACUAAAAUCUUUGUCUAUUUCAGUUUAAAAUACUCACAGAUUGUGUACUGAGUUUCGAAUUGCUUCCUUGCUGCUCAGUUUUAGUUUUUUCCUUUUUUUUUUUUCUUUAGGAUGAGGUAUAGCAUACUGCCAUUUAUCUGUUGCAUUUUACAUUAGCUGUUUUGUAUACUGUCCACAGUGGUAUGAAGUGCCUCAUUUCCCUUUGAAUUUUCUACCUUAGCCUUUUAAGCUGGAGGCAGACAAUGAAGUGUUUUGGUUUUCGUUUGGUUUUUUGUUGUUUGUUUUGUUUUUUUUUAAUCGGUGAAAGAAGACACAAGCUUUCUAUUCUUCCUUCAAAUAAGUGAUACAGACUUCAGGCCAUUUAAAAAAUACAUUUCAGUAAAUUUACUGGAUUCAUAAAUGCAAGACAUGGUCAAAUAGGCAAGUUUUAAUGAGCCAGAAUAAUCUCAGUGGUGCAAAAUUAUUUGUAUAAUAUGUGUUUCAUGACAUGCUUUACUGCCACAGCAGAAGUGUCUUUGUUGGUUUUUUUAAACAGCCCUUUUAAAUGGAAAUGUUUCAACAACAAAUCUCAGAAGGAAGCCAGUACUGGCUUUUUAUUUGCCUUGUAUGCUGAAGGAGAUUGUUACUUGCAGAGAAUAAAGUAUGAAAGUUUUCUAAGGAAUUACAGUUUCAAAUUUCCAAACAUUUCAUUUUUAGAGGUUUUUUUCACUGCAUCAGUUUUCCCUUAAGUUGUAUUAAUGCAUAGUUACUCUACAUGCUAGGAACAGUUGUGGUUGCUCAUGUAUUGAACAUGCCUGAGUCAGCUUGUGAGAAUGUUCUGUGUACAGUUCAGCUUCUUUGUCAUAUCAGUCACCAUCUGUAUGAUGGGAACUCUUACUAGCACAUUUUGUGGUUAUCUGUAUUCCAGUCUGUGCUGGAACAAAGUUUUAUGGGAAUUAAGUAUUCCUUGUACGAUGCUGCUGUUUCUCUAGAAGUUGAUUUUCUCCUACACCAUUGUUAGGUUCUUUAUUUAAGAUGUUGGUGUGUAACUACUUUUGUUUUCAGAUACUUGACCUUUCCAAAAGUAUCUCCUUUUUUCAUGUACUUAUAAGAGAGAUUUACUCUUGUAAAAUUUCUCUGCCCUGCUGCUUUAGAAGAUUCCCAAAAGCACUGUUAAUCUACUACGAUAUGGUGCUGGGUUGCAGCCAGGAAUUGUGCUCAUCAUUGAAGUAGUUUAAGCAGAAUAGUGCAAUGAAGUCCUGCUAGACUUGCUGAAUCAUAGUGGGGAAAAAGGAGAUUUGUUGUGCUGUAAUGCAACAACGUCUCUAGACUGUGCCCAUUGCAAUGCCCUGCUGGUGGAUGUUCAAAAUCACAAAGUGGAGGCUGCACAAGGCAGCAGCUCACUCAGAGAGGACCAAAGGAACUGAUUUGUGUGAUUGUGCCCUUGCUGUUAUGGAAUAGUUCAGAUUAAAUCAGUGCUCUGCUAAAGAUGUGUCGUGAGACAUUGUGUGUGAGAGAGAGAGAGAGGGAAAAUGUUCUAAAAUUAUGUAGCGCUGUGAAAUUUUUUGGGGACUAUCUGAAAUUAAAAGCUUUUUGUGCCAGGGAUCAUUUCAUUGUUAGAAGCCAAAGCACUGUUGUAUGGCUAAAGCAAGGAAAUUGCUGGGGAGGAAAAGUAGGUUUUUCCCUUUAACUUCUUAAUCGGUAUUACUUUAGAAGAACAUAUAAGAAAACACUAAAGAAAUAAUUCAAGUUAGUGGUAGUUUUCUUUUCAGAAAACUAGUAAAAUGUACCUUCAUCAGCACUUCUUUUUAGACUAUUUUGAAAGGGUAUGGGAGAUUCUCUGUAUCCUGAAAUUGUCAAGUCCAUUCUCAUUUUUACUAUUUCUGAGAUAACUCUCCCCAUUUGAACGUGCAGAAUCAGACUUGGCAACCAAUCUGACAUUGUUUACAUAAGCCAAAUACUUUCAAGUUCCAUUGGAGUAACAGUGGGAACAGCAAAUAGGUUUUCAAAAACUGAUAUUUACACAAUUCUUACAUACUCAAAUAUUUUUCCUAUGCUAUUGUUUAAUUCUCUCCUAAAUUGUUAUAAAAGGUAAAAUUUGACCAUUGUGCAAAGUACAUCAAUAUUUCUUAUCACAGUCUGAACUGGUUGUUACAGUUAACUCUCAAAUAGUGUCUUGGGAUUUCAUUAACUAAAAAACACAUUUUUAAUCUAAUUUGGAGAUUAUUUUUUCUAAGCUGUUUUCAACCCAUUUCUCUUGCUGGUUUGUUUGAGUAAACUUCACUACAUCACUACAUUCAAAGUGGAAAUAGAAAAGCUAAGAAUGGGGAAUGUGUACUUUAAAGUAUCUCACUAUGAACAUAGUGAGAAAAUAAUUUCUGUGGUUAUUUUUAGAGAUUAUAUUUAAGCAUAUAUUUUGCAUGUUUGCCAUGCAAAAUAGCAUAUACAGUAAGAUGGCAAAAGCAAUGAAGCAGAUGAGGAACUAGUUUUGCUAGCAAGACUCCUCUUAUUUCCAUGAUUGGAGAGCAGAGACAGUAUUUGAAGAAUAUUCCAAUGUGGGCUGUAAACAGUUUGGGAGUAGGUGGCAUAAGUUAAUCUCUGAGUAAAGUAUUGAAAUCUAAGGGUCAAACAGAAGAAAUCUUUUUAAGAAGCUAGCCUGGCUUUCCUUUUAUUACUGCUAAAGUAAUUAUUUCCAUAACCAGUGCACCUGUACAAAACAAGUAAUGUACACAGGAAGGCCCCACAGCACACAGUGAUCCUGGCUCUAGAGCAAACAUCCAUCAAUGCGAGACUUCCACGUACACGGUGAUUGCAAGGGACUUCUAAGAAAUCAAUAAUUGAGUGCAAGCCAGUCAUAGCAACUACUUUCUGUAGCAUUUGGUUUACAAAUACAGUUGGUGUAGAAAUUGGUGGAAACUUUCCUGGGACUGGCAAAGAGGCAGCUUAACACCAGUGAGAAACAGCUUGUGCACUGGAUCUGUGGUACCAAUACUGGGGAGAAAGUUCCAUCUAGGACUUAGAUCUGUAGUCUUUCUCUGAGCCAAAUGACAACAUUUCAUCCAUAGUCACCUAAUUCCCCCAACCAUUUCCUUUUGCUUAUGCCAGUAAUAACUUUUGCAUUACUGUAAAACUAUUUUUAGGAGUUUGUAAAUAUGUAAAAUGAAAAUAUGGAAAAAUUGUGUACCAAAAUGGUAUAAAAAUGUGUAAGAUAAAUGCAAAUGCUCUGUUUAAUGAGAAGCUGUAAUUAAAUGCUGCUUUGAGAAAGUGUGCAUGAGGACAUGUUAAAUAUUCUGUGUAUCUAUAAGUUGUGCUAAUAAUAGCAAAUUAUCUGUUUAUGUUGUAAAACUUCAUGCUAAUGUGAAAUAUGAAGGAAAUCUGAGUAUUUUACUUUGAGGAAGUUUCUUGGAAGACUUUAUGUGCAAAAUCAUUGUUAAAUAUGUUCAUAAUAAAGUUUUAUAUAUUUAUAUUGUA